AGCUCCACGUACACGGUAAAAGACGACAGACGCCACUGCAAAGCACUCGACAGGAAUAUCUGCAUCUUUUCUUAGUUAAUCUUACGAAAAGUCAACAACGUUUUGGAGGAAGGACCCUUUUUGCAUGGUGUGAAGUGCUUCGAGGAGACCAGCAUGGAGAACAAAGUCACGCAGAUCUCUCGAGAAGAUCUGGAGGACCUGAGAGAAGCUUUCAACAAGAUUGAUAUCGAUAACAGUGGCUACGUGAGUGAUUUUGAGCUUCAAGAGCUCUUUCGUGAAGCCAGCUUUCACCUCCCGGGAUACCAGAUACGGGAGAUUGUAGAGAAGUUCAUUGCCGGUGACACCAACAAAGAUGAGAAGAUCAGUUUCGAAGAGUUUGUUGCCAUAUCCCAAGAGCUGAGAAGUAAAGAAGUGAGAGAAACAUUCCGCAAGUGUAUCUCCAGGCGGGAUGGGAUUCGGUCGUUUGGUGGGACAUCAGGUAUCUCGAGUGAAGGAACGCAGCAUUCCUACUCAGAUGAAGAAAAGGUGGCCUUUGUGAACUGGGUCAAUAAAGCUUUGGCAAACGAUCCCGACUGCAAACAUCUGAUCCCGAUGGACCCUGGGACUGACAGUUUAUUCAAAUCUGUGAAAGAUGGAAUUUUGCUGUGUAAAAUGAUUAACCUGUCACAGCCAGACACCAUCGAUGAGCGGGUCAUCAACAAGAAAUGCACUCCAUUCACAAUGACUGAGAAUUUGAUGUUGGCGCUCAACUCUGCUUCUGCGAUCGGCUGUACGGUGGUCAACAUCGACGCGCAGGACAUGAAAGCCGGGACCCCUCACCUUGUGCUCGGCCUCUUGUGGCAAAUCAUAAAAAUCGGCCUCUUCGCUGACAUUGAGAUCUCUCGCAACGAAGCGCUAAUUGCUUUGCUGGAUGAGUCAGAAGAGCUGGACCACCUUAUGUCAAUGUCCCCUGAGGACCUUUUGCUUCGGUGGGUCAACUAUCACCUCAAAGCUGCUGGAUGGAAACAGAUCAGAAACUUCAGUGAAGAUAUCAAGGACUCCAGGGCGUAUUUCCACCUGCUUAAUCAGAUCUCACCCAAAGGAGACUUGGAUGACCAGAUGAGGAUUGACAUUGACAUGUUAGGACUCACCGAGCGUGAUGAUGAGAUGCGAGCAGAGCUGAUGUUGAGGCAGGCGGCUCGUCUGGACUGCAGACAGUUUGUCACUCCCAAGGACGUGGUUGCAGGAAACCAUAAGCUCAACAUGGCGUUCGUGGCCAAUCUUUUCAACAUGUACCCAGCCUUGAACAGACCCACCGACAACGGCAUUGAUUAUGCGAUCGAGGGGGAAACGAGAGAGGACAGAACAUUCAGGAACUGGAUGAAUUCUCUGGGGGUCUCUCCAUACGUUAAUCACCUGUACAGUGAUCUGCACGACGGCCUCAUCAUUCUUCAGUUAUAUGAGAGAAUCCAGAUACCGGUUGACUGGCCUAGAGUCAACAAACCUCCCUACCCUGUACUCGGCUCCAACAUGAAGAAGCUUGAGAAUUGCAAUUAUGCGGUCGCACUGGGCAAAAAGGAAGCAAAGUUUUCCUUGGUAGGAAUCGGCGGUGAGAAUAUCAAUGAGGGAAGCCCCAUGCACACGCUGGCACUGGUCUGGCAACUAAUGAGAAGAUACACACUGAAGGUUCUGUCUGAUCUUGGUGAUGGGGAAAAAGUCAGUGACCAAAUAAUAAUCAACUGGGUGAACAGCACUCUGAAACAAGGCGAUAAAAACUCCUCCAUUAGCAGCUUCAAGGACAAAUCGAUCAGCACAAGCCUGCCAGUGAUUGAUCUGAUCGACACCAUUGUGCCCAAAGCCAUUAAAUACGAGAUGGUGAAGAGCGGCGACAUGACGGCAGAGGACAAGCUAAACAAUGCAAAAUAUGCAAUCUCUGUGGCGCGAAAAAUAGGAGUCAAGGUGUACGCCCUGCCCGAUGACCUUGUGGAGGUCAAACCCAAGAUGGUGAUGACGGUGUUCGCGUGCCUUAUGGGAAGAGGCUUGAAGAAAGUUGACGGCUGACCUUUAUGAAGGACUCUUGUCAGAAACACACAACCCUCACGUUGCACUUUUCCUCCUCCUGACUUCCAUUUAUUGCUUUAAAGUGAAUAUGUUGUUUUCGAAUCAAUGUAGAGUCUUCACUUCUCCUGUUAGGAUAACUUCAGACAGGACCAAGUAGUGACCUUAAAAUUUAGGAAAUGUGGUUCUCUAAUUUUGAUCUCCACUGUAGACAUAGCCUCAAUCCCCAUGACUGUGUUUCGCAACCACAUUCCUGGAGGACCACCAACACUGGAUGUUCUGGAUGUCUCUUUCAACUUUCACACCUAUUACAGGUCUUUCAGUCUCUGCAAAUGAGCUAAUGAUCUGAAUCAGGUGUGUUUGGUUAAGAAGAUAUGGAAAAUGUGCGGAGUUGGUGGUCCUCUGGAAACAUGGUUGAGAAACACUGCUUUAAGGCAAAUUGUUAUAUAUAUAUAUAUAUAUAUUUCCUCAGACAUUUGUCUUUCAUGACAAGCUUCUAUUUAGGGGUUAGUUCAUACAAAAAUUCUCCCCACAUGUCAUUCCAAACCUUGAGACAAACGUUGAAGAUUCGUCACAACGCAUCAACACAAACUAGAUGAAAUCUUAGAGCGCUCGAAUCCUCCAUAGACUAUCACUACAUGUUUUUGGAGAUUUGUAUAAUUAUAGUUGAAAAACUGAAGUCACAUGAAAAGUUCUGACAAUGUUUUUGGUUCCUUCUCUGGACUUUGAACAUCACGAAACCUUUUCUGUGUCUAUGGAUGAUGAGGGAGCUCUCAAAUCAUCUAAAAUAUCUUAACUUGCGUUCUGAGGAUGAACCAAGAUCUCACAGGAUUGGAAUGGCAUCAGUGUGUGUAAUCAAUAACAGAGUUUUCAUUUUUGGCUGAACUAACUCUUUAAGCGCAUCUCAAAAUGUCUUGCAGAAUCUGCUUGCAGAUGUAAGAUUAUUGAAAGGCAGUACCUGUUUUCUUGAAAACUGUGACUAUUUUUUUUCCAUUUCUCAUUAAAAUGAUUCCUUUUGAGCCAGAUUGUAAAUAGUUGGAUAUUUUUAACGAUACAUAAAUAAAGAUGCCCACCAGAACUAUUUGAGCCAUGCA